GUGCCUGUCAGAGUGGCUGGCGGCAGUGGCGGCUCUUGGAGCUGGGUUGUCAGUCAGUGAGCGGAGGGGGAAGAUGGCUCGUCCGGACCCGUUUUGCUAGGAAGAAGGGGGGCAGGUGGUGCUGCUACUCAGGAGAAGGCAGAGCAGCCGCUAUCGCUGUCGCUGCGGGCCAGACAGGUCGAGGUUCUGGAGGUGAAGCUCCGGGAGCCGCUGUGGUUGAAGGUUUAGAACAAAUGUGGAAAGAUGUUCACUUCAGAGAAAGGGGUUGUGGAAGAAUGGUUGUCAGAGUUUAAGACACUACCAGAAACAUCUUUACUAAAUUAUGCCACAAAUUUGAAAGACAAGAAUUCUUUAGUUUCAUCUCUCUAUAAAGUUAUCCAGGAGCCACAAAGUGAGUUGCUAGAACCUGUCUGUCACCAGCUCUUUGAAUUCUAUCGCAGUGGAGAGGAGCAGUUGCUUCGAUUUACACUGCAGUUUCUUCCAGAACUGAUUUGGUGCUACCUUGCGGUCUCUGCCAGCAGAAAUGUGCAUAGUAGUGGAUGCAUUGAAGCUCUUCUUCUAGGGGUUUACAAUUUGGAAAUAGUUGACAAAGAGGGACAUAGCAAAGUAUUGAGUUUUACGAUUCCAUCUUUAUCUAAACCAUCUGUAUAUCAUGAACCUUCCAGCAUUGGGUCCAUGGCUCUGACCGAGAGUGCACUAUCCCAGCAUGGCUUGUCAAAAGUUGUGUACAGUGGACCACAUCCCCAAAGGGAGAUGCUGACAGCACAGAAUAGGUUUGAAGUGUUGACAUUUCUUUUGUUGUGUUACAAUGCUGCCUUAACCUAUAUGCCCAGUGUUUCUCUUCAAUCACUGUGUCAAAUUUGUUCAAGAAUCUGUGUUUGUGGAUAUCCCCGGCAACAUGUAAGAAAAUACAAAGGCGUAAGUAGCAGGAUACCGGUUUCUUCAGGGUUCAUGGUGCAGAUGUUAACAGGAAUUUAUUUUGCCUUUUAUAAUGGAGAAUGGGAUCUAGCUCAAGAGGCAUUGGAUGAUGUUAUAUACAGAGCCCAGUUAGAAUUAUAUCCCGAACCAUUGCUGGUUGCUAAUGCAAUAAAGGCUUCAUUGCCUCAUGUUGCCAUGAAAUCUAGUAAGGAGGGUGCAAGGUGUAUUCAAGUUGAAAUCACACCAACUUCCUCUAGAAUAUCAAGAAAUGCAGUAACCAGCAUGUCAAUAAGAGGUCAUAGGUGGAAAAGACAUGGAAAUGCAGAAUUAACAGGUCAAGAAGAACUGAUGGACAUAUCUGAAGUUGACGAGGGAUUUUAUUCCAGGGCUGCCUCUAGUACCAGCCAGUCAGGUUUAUCAAAUAGCAGUCACAAUUCUAGUAGCAAGACAAGUGUAGGAAAGACUCAGAGACGGUCAGGAGGAAACAAAACUGGAGGAAAAGAAAAAGAAACUACGGGGGAGUCUUGCAAAGAUUACUUCGCUCGAAAACAAACUCCGAGAGCCCAAAGCGAGAAUCUUGAGCUUCUCUCCUUGAAGAGACUUACGUUAACAACCAGCCAGUCGCUGCCGAAACCUAGUAGCCAUGGUUUGGCUAAGACUGCUGCCACUGUGUUUAGUAAGUCCUUUGAACAAGUCAGUGGUGUCACAGUCCCACAUAACCCAUCGUCUGCUGCGGGCUGUGGGGCUGGGACAGAUGCCAAUAGGUUUUCCGCUUGUAGUCUCCAAGAAGAAACGCUUAUUUACGUUUCUGAAAGGACUGAACUUCCAGGGAAGCACCAAUCAGGUCAGCAGAGACCUCCUAGUAUUAACAUUACUCUGUCCACAGAUUAAUUUGUAAGAGUUUUCUCACGUGACCGGUGAAUCUGGAAAUAGGACUGGUUCUUUAUGAAAGCGCCAGGGUCUUUCAUCCCUGUUCCUGACAGGAGCCCCAGUGUCUUAAAUUCUGAAGGCUACCCCGACUUAGUGAAGGGAAAAAUGUCUCAGCUGCAGUAAGCUGAGAUAAGGUUUUGUUAUUACAUGGUUGUGUAUUUUUCCCCUUUUGAAAAGGGGUCUUUUUGUUUUUCCUUUUUUGUUUGUUUCUGUUGCCCUAAGAUUGUCAGUGUGACAGUACAUUUUUGGCAGGUUGUCUGGUCAGAUUGGUUACAUCUCAUGUGAGGUUGUGAGUUUGUUUUCCCCCCCAAUAACUCCUAUUUUGGUAGCUGUAUGGCCUUGAGAGUUGAAGGAAAUCUCCAUGUGUAGGAACUGAGGAUAAGAUAGAGGUGCAAGACCAGGAAUUCUACAGCUGGCUGCUCAGCAAGCCAGUUGGAAAAACAGGCAUGUGAAAAACCAAAAAUGAUGUAUAUGAAAAGUGCCGAUAAGAAUGUUUGUAACUAGACCAUCUUUAAGAUUAAUGGAACAGUUUAUAUAAAGCCCUGGAAAAUGCCUGGAAACUCGGUACCUAGACUCUUCCAUGAUUCCAUGAGAUGGGCAGAGGGAUUUCUGUUGCUAUCUUUGGAACAUUUUUAUAUAAAAAAUCAAGUUGCUGAUAGACAUGUUGUUUUGAAGUAUUGGAUCUGGAUUUAGCAGAUGAAAAUCCCUUUUAGUUUCUAAGAUGUAAUAGACCAUAAAACUGACUUGCUACUGCUUGACUUCGGAAAUCCUAGUUAGUUUGGAUUCCUAUAAUUCAGAGCACACAUCAUUGAAGACUUCCUGGAAAUUGUAAAUCUUGCAACACAGCUCUCAAGAUGCCAGCGUCAACAAUAUUGUUUGUCUGCAAAUGAAGGAAAUUAGGUAAAUUUUUUCAUCUGGAAAAAUCAUAAAAAAAUAAAGGUAGUAAAAUAUGGACAAAGGACGUUUACAUACUAAGUUAUUUAUGUGUUCUUAAAUUUAAAAUUAUAAAAUAUGAAAAAAAUUCAAUGGGUUUUUUAUUUUGAUGAACAGGACUAUUUUAAAUGUUCUUGUUGUGACAGAAAGAAUAAUCAAUGUAGUUACCACCAAUCAAAAAAUAAAAAUAAACAAGGCAAUAUGGCAGAAGCUAAACAUACUUAUAUGUCGCUAUAGAGAACUAGGUGACCUCUAGAUGGACACAAAAGUUUGGUGUUUGCCGGUAGUGGUCAUUUCAGCUAUGGUUGAGGUUCCCUGUAAAUCAAGAAUACUUAAAGUUAUUAUUCAGAGUAAAAAAGAGAAAGCAGAGCUGAGGAUAAGAAAAAGCGGACCGGGAAAGAAGGCCUAGGGAGUGGUCUGCUUGAUCUCUUUCACUGUUAGUACAGAGUGGUUUCCGUAUUCAUGGUCUCUAGCUGUGGUCACAAUGAAAAAAUGCAAGUUUUCUUCAUAUACCUGCUUCUGCAGAGCUCAAAUAUGUGUGUGUGGUGAAAAAUGCUACCACAUUUACAGUAUGAAUGCAGUUCUGACCAUAACUGCUUUGGCUACCAUUUUAAAUCUAAUUAUUCAAAAGGCAUGAACUUACUUUCAUUCAUUAACCCUGAAUAGAAUAUGAUUUUCAACAUAAGCAAAUUUUAUUUUUGUAGUAAUAUAAAUAGUCUGUUGGCAUAAAUGGUAGUAACAACAACAACAAAAAAAGGCAACCAGACAGUGAAAGUUGAUAUAGUAUUAAUUGAAUAGGAAUCCUGUGUACAAUUUAAAAUGUUUGUAAAAUGUCAGUGAAUUUCCUGUUGUCUUUAACAAAGAAUUUCCCCUAGGCAUAGCUACUAACAGUAGUAAUAGGUUUACGAACUAAUUUAAAAGAUUGACAUUUGUUAUAAGCAAGCUUAGGUGCUUAGGAAACAUUGUAGAAUAAGUUUGAGGAAA